GUUAUGAACAAACUGAUUCUACUUGGUUUUGUGCUGGUCACCCUGUUGGCUGUCGGCACUGAAGGGAGACCAGGUGUAGCCGAGCAGCGGAAAAAUGAGCUUGACGAUUCUGGUAAGCGUUAUAUGCCUACUGAGCAGCGAAAGAUUCUGGGACUGGCUCAAGACAAAGUGAAGGCAUAUUAUGGCAAGAAAUAUGGCAGGGCUCGAAAGCAACAAAAUAAGAACCCUUCCAAAGUGACCGCGCCUCCUAAAAAUCCUAACCAGAAACCAGAAAAGAAACCAGACAAGAAGCCAGCCAAUCAAUCAAUAAAAUUACCAACAGGAGGAAACCCAUUUAAAAUCCCAAAUAGAAAACCAACAACAGAAAAACCUAAUACUGAUAAGAACAAACAGCCCGAAAAUACAACUCAAAUAGAAAUCGAUGGAACAGAAAAUCCUGCUGAAGCCGAAGAUUAAAGAAUAGUAGAAACCAUUAA